GGGAGGCGGCCCUUUUCCGCUGAACGCCGGAAGUUGUUCUCCCCUCCUGCCAGUGGGCCAUGGAGUUGGUGGCACAGUAACGUCUGAGGUGUGAGGAUUGCGGGGCCGGCGGCCAUGGAGGCCGUGCUAAACGAGCUGGUGUCUGUGGACGACCUGCUGAAGUUUGAAAAGAAAUUUCAGUCUGAGAAGGCAGCAGGCUCGGUGUCCAAGAGCACGCAGUUUGAGUAUGCCUGGUGCUUGGUGCGAAGCAAGUACAACGAUGACAUCCGUAAAGGCAUUGCACUGCUGGAGGAGCUGUUGCUCAAAGGGAGCAAAGAGGAGCAGCGGGAUUAUGUCUUCUACCUGGCUGUGGGGAACUACCGGCUCAAGGAAUAUGAAAAGGCCCUAAAGUAUGUGCGAGGGCUGCUGCAGACAGAACCCCAGAACAACCAGGCCAAAGAACUGGAACGGCUCAUUGACAAGGCCAUGAAGAAAGAUGGACUGGUGGGCAUGGCCAUUGUUGGAGGCAUGGCCCUGGGUGUGGCGGGACUGGCUGGACUCAUCGGACUUGCUGUAUCCAAGUCCAAAUCCUGAAUGAGACUGCACCUCUGCCUCUGCCCAGGGAUACAUGGGAGCCCAUGGAGACACUCAGAGAGGGCCCAUCCAUUCUCGCUGCGUCCCUUUCUUCUCCUGCACCCUGUCACUGUCCUCUGUGGCCUCAACCUCCUCUCCCCAAGAUCUGUCCUCUAGCCCCAGGUCGUGUGCUUUAGGAUGAGUGUAAAUAAAAUUGGGCUUUGACUUGCGAA